CCCACCCCCACCCCCCACGUCCCAUUGGGGACCACUGCAGGCUGGGCACCUACUAGCCAUGGAGUGUGGGCCAGGACAUCUUCAGAACCUCACAUCUCCACUUGCCUCUGCCAGAGUUGGGAACACCCUGUAUUUUGAAGAUCCCUGGUUCCAGACCUGUGGUCAUACCAGCACUGCCUGCAAGAUGGUGAAGGGGAAGCUGGUGGAGGUAGGCAAGUGGCCUUGGCACGUGAGCAUCCUGUUUCUGGGAGCAUACAUCUGCAGCGGCUCCCUCAUUCACCACCAGUGGGUCCUCACGGCUGCACACUGCCUGCAGAGAUCCAAGGACCCCAAAAUGUACUCUGUGAGUAUGGGAGUCCAGCACCUCCCAGGCAACGGCACUCAGCUCCUGCUCACCCGCAUUGUGAUUCAUGAGGAUUUCCGCAACCUCAUAUCCCAGGACAUUGCUCUCCUGAAGCUCAGGGACCACAUCUCCUGGUCCCCCCUCAUCCAGCCCGUCUGCCUUCCCAACAACAGAUUCAAGCCAUCUGUCGGAACCUUGUGCUGGGUGAUCGGGUGGGGACGUAAAGGCACUCGAGUAACUCCAAAGAACCCCUACAGUCUUCAUGAGAUGGCUGUCAAGAUCAUAAGCAGUGAAACCUGCCAUCAGCAGUAUCAGUUCCUCUUCUUGAAGGACAAGAAGGAUUUCAUUGGGAAGGACAUGCUGUGUGUCAGCUCAGAAUGGGGCAUGGACUCUUGUCAGGAUAAUUCUGGCAGCUCCCUGGUCUGCCAGGUGAACAACACCUGGAUUCAGAUGGGCGUGGUGAGCUGGAGUCCGAGCUGCAACCAGCCCCGCCUCCUGAGCAUCUACACCAGCACCUCCCACUUCACCUACUGGAUCAAGAAGCAGAUCACCAACAUGAUGUUCAUCAACAGGGCUGGCCCUGCCUUCCUGAGCCCAGUCGCCCUCAUGGGCUACAUUCUGCUGGUGUCCUUGGGCUCCCUGUGGCUCCUGUGAGCGAUGUUUCUGGGGCAGGCACUCCCAGAGGCCCCUUCUUCCUCCCGCUGUCUGCCCUCAGGAGCCAUGCAGACCCAGGGAGCACGUGACAACAGGACAGAGAGCCCGUGGGGGAGGGUCCCAGAGCCACUGGUUUUUAAGUUGUUCAAUGAAGAUGCUCUUGAGUUUU